AUGGCCUCGCAACCGAAGGUCCUCCCGCAAUUGACGUCCUCGAAGCUCUUCCUCACCGAAGCCGGAGUCGAAACCACUCUCGUCUACAAAAAGAAUGUUCAUCUCCCUUGCUUCUCUGCCCUCCCACUUCUCAGUACAGAAGAGGGCGCAAAAACUAUCCUCUCCAUAUAUCAAAGCUAUAUAAAUAUUGCUCUCACCCACUCAGCCGGCAUCGUACUCGAAACUCGAACAUGGCGUGGCUCUCCUGCAUGGGCUUCUCAGCUUGGCCUCUCUAUCCCACAAAUCCUCGACUUAAACCGCACAGCGGUCAAGAUUCUCCAUGGCCUCAGACACAAGACUGAAACUCCAUGUACUCCUAUCGUCAUCAGUGGGACACUUGGACCCCUUCAAGAUGCCUACGAGAAUUCCACAGACACGGUCUCCUUUUCUCAGGCACGGGAAAAUUACCACUCCCAAGUCUGCGUUCUCGCAGAAGAGGGUGUAGACAUGAUAUCUAUCAUGACUGUAACGAACCUGAAUGAGGCCACCGCAGCAGUGACUGUGGCGCGUGAGUUUAAUCUCCCUAUCCUCGUCUCGUUUAGCAUUGAGACAGACGGACGGCUGCGAGGAGGAAGAACCCUUGACGAUGUUAUUCGCGAAGUCGAUCGUCUGACAGAGAAUUAUACAACGUAUUUUGGGGUGAAUUGUGCACAUCCACACCAUAUUAUGACAGCAUUACGGGAUCUCCCUGAGGAUGUGAGGUCGAGGAUCGGGUCGAUUCGAGGCAAUGCAAGCCUUAAAAGCCACGAUGAACUUGACAACACGCCGGUUCUAGAUCGGGGUAAUGUUUCGCUGUGGGGUCAAGAUUUCAAUGAGCUUUUCAACAUGUUGCCGGAGCUGAAAGUGGUAGGGGGUUGCUGUGGCACGGAUGAAGAGCAUAUUGAUACUCUUGCGGUAUUUACCUAA